UUUUCCGAAUCUCUGAUGUGCCUCCCAAUAACCAGCUAACUCGCCAGAUUGAUUAAAUUUAUUUAGAAAAUGCAGACUUUAACAUUAACGAAAGAUAUUGGUCAAUUAACUAUCGCUCAAAGAAAUUUUUAUGAGCACAAUGGUUUCUUAGUUAUACCUCGGCUUGUUCCCGUCAAUAUCCUGGACAAGUGCAGCAAAAGAUUUGAUGAUUAUGCUUCUGGAGUGAUUCCUAAAGGUAGCAUCACUAUGAUGAAAGAUAUAGUAGACCGUAAUUCGAUAAAUAAAAUUCAAGAUAUAGUAGAGGAUAAGAUCUUUCGAGAAUAUUUUGCAUACAAAGAACUUUUGGAUGUAGUAGAAUCUUUCAUCGGACCAAAUAUUAUGGCAAUGCAUAGUAUGCUCAUUGCUAAGCCACCUGAUAUAGGAAGUGGAACUUCGAGGCAUCCGCCACAUCAAGAUUUAUUUUAUUUUCCCUUUCGACCAGCAUAUAAAAUAGUUGCCUCAUGGACAGCUAUAGAAAAGUGUAACAAACAAAAUGGAUGUCUUUAUGUUUAUGCAGGAUCGCAUCGUUACAAUUUAAUGAAGCAUAGUUAUACUAAAAACCUAGUAAACAAAAUGUAUUAUGAAAUUCAGAAUUUUUCUAAACCAAUAUCAUGGAUUGAUGUUGAAAUGGAACCUGGUGAUACCUUAUUCUUUCAUCCAUUAUUGGUUCAUGGUUCUGGGACAAAUACUUCUAAUCACACAAGAAAGGCAAUUUCUUGUCAUUAUGCUGAUGCAGAUUGUUAUUAUAUAGAUGUUGAAAAAACUAUUCAGCAAAAUAUCAGUGAUGAAGUAACGAAUAUAGUAAAACAACGCUUUAAUUAUAAUGCUGAUAUAAAAUAUAAAGAUAUUUGGAAAUUCAAAUCGAUCCUAAUAAGAGGUAUCCGAUCAUCGCUAUAAAGUUUACUGGCUACAUAAUUAAUUUUGGUGAACUCAAAAACUAAAAUUAUUAAUAACAAUAUAAAUAAUAAAGAGCUAUAAUUUAUGUACUCAUAUGGUACAAACUAUAAGGGAAAUUUUCAGCUUCAUUUUAUUGUUAAAUUAUAUCAAGAUUUUUUUGUCUUUGUAUGA